AUGAACGGUGGCUCUACCGCCCACGAGGCUGACGUUGCCGCGGCCUACCAGACCGACGGCGUUGCCGGCGCCAUCGCAGCUGGCCGAAAGAAGCUCAGCGGCUAUGUCGGCUUCGCCAACCUGCCCAACCAGGUGCACCGAAAGAGCGUGCGCAAAGGCUUCAACUUCACCGCCAUGGUCGUCGGCGAGUCCGGUCUGGGCAAGUCGACACUCAUCAACACCCUCUUCAACACCACGCUCUACCCGCGCAAGGAGGUGCCGCCCCCGCACCAGGAGCGCCCCAAGACCGUCGCCAUCGAGUCCAUCAGCUCGGACAUCGAGGAGAACGGCGUUCGCUUGAAACUCACCGUCGUCGACACACCUGGUUUCGGAGACUUUAUCAACAACGACCAGAGCUGGAAGCCGAUCGUGGACAACAUCGAAUCGCGUUUCGACAACUACCUCGAGCAGGAGAACCGCGUGAACCGCAACAAGCUCCAAGACAACCGCGUCCACGCCUGCAUCUACUUUGUGCAGCCCACCGGCCACAGCCUCCGACCCAUCGACAUCGAGUUCAUGCGACGCUUGCACCAGAAGGUCAACCUCAUCCCCGUCAUUGCCAAGUCCGACACGCUCACCGACGACGAGAUCGUCGCGUUCAAGCAGAGGAUCCUCAACGACAUUGCACACCACCAGAUCGAGAUCUUCCACGCGCCCAUCUACGAGAACGAGGACGAGGAGACCAUGCUCGAGAUUCAGGAGAUCUCGACCAAGGUGCCCUUUGCUGUCGUAGGAUCCAACACCGAGAUCGACACGCCCGACGGCCGCCGCGUGCGUGGCCGCGCGUACCCGUGGGGUGUGAUUGAGGUGGACAACGAGGAGCACUGCGACUUUGUCAAGCUGCGCCAGAUGCUCAUCCACACGCACAUGGAGGAGCUCAAGGAGCACACCAACAAUGUGCUGUACGAAAAGUACCGCAGCGAGAAGCUCGUCGGCAUGGGCGUCACACAAGACCACUCGGUGUUCAAGGAGGUCAAUCCGGCGGCCAAGAUGGCCGAGGAGCGUGCCAUCCACGAGGCGAGGUUGCGGAAGAUGGAGAACGAGAUGAAGCUCGUCUUCCAGCAAAAGGUGGCCGAGAAGGAGGCCAAGCUCAAGCAGAGCGAGGAGGAGCUGUACGCGCGCCACCGCGAAAUGCGCGAUGCGCUCGAGAAGCAAAGGCAGGAGCUCGAAGACAAGCGCCGCAGGCUCGAGAGCGGCCGUCCGCUCACGCCCGAAAAGGUCUCGCAGGCCACCAAGAAGAAGGGCUUCUCGCUCCGCAACUAG